CUGGAGAGCCACGACAGAAGCAGCAACUCUUAGAUAUGGCCGGCCGGUAGCUGUAUAGUGGACACGUUUCACAUAUACCUGACAAUUUGAAGUUAUUUAUGCUGUAUCAUGGCAAACAUAAGCAAAAGAGAAUUCGAUGUUCUUGAUCUGUCUGGACAAAAAUACCUGGAAUGGAAAGUUGAUGCUUUAGCACAUUUGAAGGCUAAUGGUCUUGAAGACACUAUUGAGGCAAAUAAGCCGAAAGCCGUCAUCUGCCCAAAACAAAGCUAAAGCUAUUAUUUUCCUCCGUCACCAUCUCCAUGAAAGUCUCAAAUCUGAAUAUCUUUUGGUUGAUGACCCAAAAGAAUUAUGGGACAAUCUACAUGAGAGGUAUGGCCACCAGCAAAAGGUCCUUUUGCCAAAAGCUCAGUAUGACUGGAUCAAUUUAAGAUUCCAGGAUUUUAAAUCUAUCAGUGACUAUAAUUCUGCUAUGUUCCAAAUAACAUCAAAAUUAAAGUUAUGUGGACAAAAAGUCACUGAUGCU